GGCUGGAUUGCCUUUCCAUAAAAUCCACAAGCGCUAGAGUCCCCCAAGGAGAUGCAAGUGUGUAAUAUGUUUCUGUUUCUGUUGCGACGCCAAAUUGCAUUUGCGACCAGCACGCCGCUCGAUCCCUAGAUCGUUCUAUACUCUCCAACAAUAUAUAAUUUUCCUGUUUUGUGGAUAAUCGGUCCGCCCACUUUUCAACGCUAGCCAGCGUUUUCCAAUGAUGCCAAUCCCAAUUCUUCAAAUAAUCAAAGUAAUUUUCGUGCUCUCAACAAUUGUCGCCGUCACAGAUUGUUGUUCGAGCCGGAUCUUACUACUACGAGAGCAUACGCUUAAUAUUGUGCAGCAUCAGCACAAUCACCUCCACGAGCACGCUCACGAGCUGCAGCAGCAGGAGAUGGCCUUUGCCAGCCAGUGGAAGCUGCAACAACUCCAGGAGCAACAACAGCUGGAAGCAGCAGCCCAAGAGGCUGCUAUGGAAGCCAACACUGAUCUGGACCAAAAUAUAGAUCCAUUCAGGGCUCAGUUGGUGGAGACGUCUACCGAGUCCAGUUUGGCUUCCGAAAUCCCCAGCUCCAGCACUGAAACCUGGUCAGCCGCUGACAGCAGCACACCUGUCACCUCCGAGAUAACGACUACGCCAUCCACCACAGUGACGCACACUGGAGAGCCGCCACCCGACCAGAGCACCUCGAGUACGUUCGCCGUGAACCCAACCACUUUACCAUCCGUAGACGAGGACAAGAGGAAGAACGCCACCGAGGUGCUGCUACUGCCGUGCAGCGAGGAAUACAAGGCCAACUUUUGCCUCUGCAAAGAUGACUACGUUGGAGAAAGGUGCGAGUACAAGAACUGGAAUGGUGGCUUCGUCUACGCACCACCGAUUGAAAAACGCAAGGUCCGGAUGGCGCACAUCGUCUUCUCCUUCCCCGUGCAUUCGGCCACGCAAAUAUGCAGUGCUCGCCGCUAUGUAUGGGCAUCCGGCCAGAUGCUGUGUCAGCAGUUUGGCCAGAGCGAGUUCUUAAAUAACCGGACAUUGCCGCUGCUCCGUUAA